AUACUGUCAGCUGUUAUUAGGUGAGGGAAGUAUUGGAGUGAAGUUCGUUAUUGCAUCAGGAGCAGGUGGUAGGUUUAUCCAUAAGAUUUUUCAAAGAAAUGGAUGUGAUUAUUUUUACUGCCAGUGCCAUUGUCUUGGAAGACUAAAUUGGAAUUGAUGUUAAUAGCCUUAGUGACCCUGCCUCUUGUGUUUACCUACUACUACUACUGUACAGUUGUCAUGUUGCCACGCAACAGAAACUUAUUGUAGUGUUAAAGGAUUCCAACAUACCUGACCACCUUAAUAAUAUCUUUAUGAAUGCCGAUUAAAAUGUUGAUCAACUUGGAAGUCAAAAUAAGUGGCAAGGUUUUUAUUGGAGUACUUGUGAUCUUGAGUACUGUAAGAGAGUGUGUGAGUAUCUGGAAAGGUGCGGAUUACUGGAAUAGCCGGUAUCCUAACGCCGAUGGUGGUUUAGAUCCUGAGUAUUUAACAGGAAAUGACAUGUUUACAGGCUUAUGGUCAGAUGACAAAAAUAACUAUGGAUCAACUGGUUAUGGCAAAUCAAACUCGGAAUACAGCGCAAAUACAUGUAGCGGCUGCACAUGUGAUGUUACCAAGCUAACAGUCGACUGCUCAUCAGCAACCACUGUCAAACUUGUAAAUCAAAACUUCGAUAACUUAACAGCAAUUACAUUUUCCCCGAGUGUAACCUCAAUUACUAUUAUUGGUAAUCUUAAGUAUAUUCACAAUGGGACCUUUGCAGGACUAUCCAGUCUACAGACACUUAUUAUUCAUCAAACCAGUCUCAGUGAAUUCCCUGAUAUAUCUGGAUGCACAAGUCUGGAAAUACUUGAGAUUUCUGAGAGUCAGCUAAAGUUUGAGACGAACUAUGAGUUCAAAGGGUUACCGGCAUCACUCACACAUGUGAACUUGGUUAACAACAGGAUUGACAGGUUGCCUAAUGGAUUUUUCUCAAACUCUAAAAUUGAAUUCUUAGGACUUAGCAUGAACCUAAUGACUAAGUUUCCAACUGAUGCUGUGAUGAAGAUGACGAAACUUCUGUUUAUGUCCAUUGACCAAAAUCUGCUGGAAACUAUAUCAAAGAGAAACCUUGAGGCAUUGGCUGGGACACCUGUGCAACAUCUAAAUUUUAGCAACAAUGAAAUCAACUACAUAGCUCCAAAAGCUUUCAGUCAGCUCAAGUCACUCAAAAUCUUAGAACUACAUGCAAAUAAGUUGACAACACUUCAACAGAAGGCAUUUGAUAACAUACCAGAGCUUCUACAUUUAGAGUUAAAUCAAAACCAGUUUACUGCCCUGAGAUCCAAGUAUUUCACUAAUUUACCAAAACUUCGAACUUUAAUUCUUCACUCUCAGGAGGAUGACUUAAACGCGAAGCUGUCGGUGAUAACGUAUGAUGCGUUCCAAGGCAUUAGCAGCGAGCUUGUUAACCUGUGGCUUAGCGAUAAUGCCUUAACCACUUUCCCACAUCCAGUUCUAUCGGAGGAAUCUUAUCCAAAACUUAAUUUUUUAUAUUUGGAUCAUAAUGACAUCACCAACAUAACAACAUAUGCAAGGGAUGCUUUUAGUUCUUCUGCCUUGACGUAUUAUAGCUAUAAACUCAACUUACAUGAUCCAUUCCUUAUGCUGUCAAGUGUUACAGAUUUAGACCUAUCUUAUAACUCAAUAGAAGGCAUCAAUGAAGGGGAUUUGUGCAAGUUACAGUCACUUAGAAAUUUGAACCUCAAUUCAAAUUCUUUGGAUGAGACAAAUCUGGAAGUAGAAACCUUUACUUGUCUUUCUGUCUCUACAUUGCAACUGGGAAUUAAUAGGUUUCAAUAUGUUCCUGAUGCAGUUAAGAAUGAAAGCAGAUUGCCCAACAUCAAUCAAUUAUAUCUUAACAAUAAUAAGAUUGCCUUCUUACUUGCUGACACGUUCUCAAGUUUGUCAACCCUUCGAACACUCUAUUUACACUCCAAUGAAAUAUUGUCAAUAGAAGAUGGCACUUUCCCACUUGGAUUGACAAGCAUAAAUUUGCAAUCAAAUGAGUUUCAUUUUCUCCAUGAAAAUCCAUUCCGCAACAUGAGUAACCUGGCAAACCUGAAUCUUGCAUACAACAACAUUGAUGAGAUUCCAGAUACUGCUCUAGAUGGAUGUACAAGUCUCACUAAUUUAGAUAUGACUUCGAACAAGCUAGGCCGUCUUCUAGUCACAUCAUUUGAAGACUGCCCACUGUCAUUUGCAGCCCAUUUUGAUUCAAAUGAAAUAGCAUAUAUAGAGGACGGAACAUUUGCUAACAGGAGCUCGAUUACUUACUUAUAUCUUAACAACAAUGAACUGUCUGAGAUACCCCAGGGCGGUGACUUUCAUUCCUUGACUGUCUCAUACUUUUAUCUCCAAAAUAAUCGAAUAACGAGUGUGCCUGCCAAUUCAUUCAAAGAUGUUCAAGUGUCUCAGGAUCUUAAUUUAAGUAACAACAAAAUUUCAUAUAUAGCAGAAUAUGGUUUUAAUACCAUUACAGGAAGUGCAACAAUAUCGCUGACAGGAAAUCCACUGAAAAACUUAUAUCCGUAUGCUUUUAAUUCUGUAGCUGCAAAAACAAUAUCUUUGCAAAAUAUGGAAUUAACAAGUCUAUCUAGUUUUACCUUUACAGACGUGUCUUGUUCAGAAUACCUUUACUUGCAGUCAAAUAAUAUUGCAACUAUCGAGGAAGAAGCUUUUUCCACUGUCACUGUUAGUAUGGAAUUGCGUCUUGAUUUAAAUGGUAUCACAACUCUGAAAGGUAACAUGUUUGGAACCAGUGGAUCAUCAGUUGAUGAACUACACAUGGAAAAUAACCAGAUCACCUCGAUUCCUGGCAACACAUUUGAUGGCGUCUCUUCUAAUGAAAUAUUUCUCUCUGACAAUGCUUUGACAGAAUUUCCUGCUACAGCUCUUGAUGGACAGACUUUAAUGACCUUGGAUUUGUCUCAGAAUCGUAUUGCUGUCAUUCCUCAGGGUUCCUUUUCCAGUCAUACAACCCUUCAAGAACUCGAUCUAUCAAACAACGCUCUGAUUGAGUUAGAUUCUGAUGCGUUUGAUGGACUUGCAUCAUUACAAACAUUAAAUCUUGAACACAACUUGAUUGUUGAUGCAGGGGAAGGUGUCUUUGAGGGCCUGGCCAAUUUGCGGUAUAUUUACUUAAGUAACAACUUAAUACAACACUGGCCAACAACAGUGGACCUACCAAUGCUUCGUACAUUGGAUUUGAGUGAUAACAGCAUCAAAAGUCUUGGCAAAAAUGCAUUUGCUGGCAUUGACACUACAUAUUUGAACAACCUUGAUCUAAGCAAUAAUCAACUUGGAUGUACAUGUGAAAUGUACUACUCAUUUUAUGCUGUCAAUACGUCUGUCAACGGAGGGCAGUGUACAGAACCAUCAUCCCUUGCUGGCACCACUUUUGCUUAUGCUUCUUCAUCUACCAGUACUUACUUCACAAAUGUGAAUGCAAGCUUCUUUCAAUGUACUGCAGUUUCAUUGAACCUUACCUCACCAAAGCCAAAGGAACUCUUGGCGACCUGGUCACACCCAAACAUUCUUUACCCAGGAAAGAAUCCUAACACCACGGACCCAAGUCCAUGGGAAUACAUUGUUACUUGUACAAGCAAUACUGCCAGCACACUAGAAGGUAGUCAAACCAACAAAACAUACCUACUCCUGGACGAGUCAUACGGUACUCAGUACGGUACAGACUACACAUGCACUAUUAAACUGAAAGCCAAUGGGUACACGAGUGCUGCCAGCGAACCAUACGAUAUAACAACGGUGGAGAAUAUUGCAAUUUCUAACAACCAGACUGAGAUAAAUGGAACUAAUAUUUUGUUAUCAUUUACUUAUUAUGAUUUCAGUGUAAGCAAUCCUGAUUUCACUGCAACCCAGAAGAGCAGGGUCACGGAUCCGGAGUACAUACCAAGUCCUUAUGGAAGCUGGUUGGCAAUUUCUGAUAAUCCAUCUUCUGAUUCAUUUUCCGGGUGGUUCCGGAAAAAUGCUGACAAUUUUGCCAUUGAGAGAACACUGACAAUUCCUUGGCUUAAUACAUCUUCACUUGAUAAUCCAAUUAACAGGUACUUUACAGAUGAGUAUUUUCCCGUUGAUGGAUUAGGUUACACCUCAGAAGGUCAGAGAGACUGUGACUUUGUUCUUCAUAAUUUUGGUUUUACAAGCGUCUUGCGAACCGGAAUAUUAUUCCAAGGAACAGAGAGCAUCACAGUUGGGGGAGGAGAUGAGCUGUGGUUAUAUAUCAAUAAAGAACUGGUUGUUCAAGUGCUGGUUGGGGGCGCUACAGAUCCUGACUACUGCAAGAAGGUGGAGCUUUCUGGAGCAGAUGGUGGUGGAUAUGUUGUACCGCAAGGGGGCACUAUAGUGAAUGGUGUUUGUGUCACAACUGGCUAUGUUAAUUCAGAAAGAGUUUACCUAGACUUGACAGUUGGAGGAAGCUAUCGUUUUGAUUUAUUUCUUACUGAACGAGAGCCGUGCAUUUCAAAAUUCUACUUUGAAGUUCAGGGUGUGUCAUUUCUUGACCUUGAGGUAGAUGUUCCUCCAGCUGAUUACGCCGUGACCAUCAGUGAAGAUCUCUAUGUUAAUGGAAUUGUUGAGACAAUUUGGGUUGCAGACGCAUUCUCAACUGGACCAGACUAUAACGUCACAAUUGUGUCAGGUAAUGAGGGCCGCCACUUCUCUAUUAAGGAGUACACCACUGAUAAUGUGAAUGCAGGUGAUGCGCCUACAACCAUCACUCCUCCUGCCACAGAAACCAUUAGAAACAACACUUUUUAUAUUUGUACAGAAUCAACAGUAGGAGACCCAGAGCCAAAUAUUGGGGGAUCUGAAGAAUUUGAUAUUGGGACAGACAAGGCUUUAGUUACUAUAGCUACAUCACUUGAUUAUGAGCAAGUCACUGAGUACCUGCUCAUUAUUGAGGUUACCGAUAUAAAUGCAUCACCACCUACAGUUGGAUCUAUAACAGUCAAGAUAUACAUCACUGAUUUGAACGACAACUGCCCAAUUUUUUCCAAUGCCAGCUAUAGUUUCUUUCCACUUCCUCCGAUGCAGAUGGAUCCGCUAGGAAAUCUGACGGCAACGGAUGCUGACGGCGGUGACAAUGGAGUUAUUACAUAUCAUACAAGUGCAGCUGUUAUAGAGAUGUAUGUUGGAGGAAGCUAUCGUUUUGAUUUAUUUCUUACUGAACGAGAGCCGUGCAUUUCAAAAUUCUACUUUGAAGUUCAGGGUGUGUCAUUUCUUGACCUUGAGGUAGAUGUUCCUCCAGCUGAUUACGCCGUGACCAUCAGUGAAGAUCUCUAUGUUGAUGGAAUUGUUGAGACAAUUUGGGUUGCAGACGCAUUCUCAACUGGACCAGACUAUAACGUCACAAUUGUGUCAGGUAAUGAGGGCCGCCACUUCUCUAUUAAGGAGUACACCACUGAUAAUGUGAAUGCAGGUGAUGCGCCUACAACCAUCACUCCUCCUGCCACAGAAACCAUUAGAAACAACACUUUUUAUAUUUGUACAGAAUCAACAGUAGGAGACCCAGAGCCAAAUAUUGGGGGAUCUGAAGAAUUUGAUAUUGGGACAGACAAGGCUUUAGUUACUAUAGCUACAUCACUUGAUUAUGAGCAAGUCACUGAGUACCUGCUCAUUAUUGAGGUUACCGAUAUAAAUGCAUCACCACCUACAGUUGGAUCUAUAACAGUCAAGAUUUCUAAUAUACAAGUUGAAACGUGUAGGAAAGAUCUGGGAAUGCAUUCUGGGUCUAUUCAAGAUUCCCAGUUAUCAGCAUCAAGCAGCACACAUCUGUAUGGACCUGAGCGAGGGCGUCUUUUCAUUAAAGCAGAUGAGGAUAUUCCAGCUGGAUCUGGUUGGAUAGCUGAUAAGACAGAUUCUGUACCUUGGUUUCAAGUGGAUAUGUUGACCACAUACAUUUUUACUGGAGUUGUAUCGCAAGGAACAGCAGAUGUCGAGGCCUGGGUCAAAGCUUAUCAAGUGGAAUUUUCAAAUGACACCAUCACAUGGAUAACAAUUGGAGAGGUGUUCACAGGCAAUAGUAAUCAGCACUCAUUAAAGGCAAACUUCUUCGGAGAAGACUACUAUGCUCAGUAUAUACGGAUUAAGCCUACAUCAUGGGAAGGAUCUGCUGCUAUGCGACUCGAGAUCAGGGGAUGUACAACUGAACAAAGAUUCCGUUAUUUGUCUCAAUGUCAGCGUUGCGAGGCAACCUACUACUGUAUUGGUGAUGGAAUCCAGAGGAUGUGUGGAAGAUGUGAUGAUGAGUCAACAUGUGAUCGCAGCCCGACAGAGCACUCAUUUGGCCAUGCAUCAAAGUGCUCAGAAUGUCCAGAUGGCUGGCUUUGUGAGGAUGGAUAUGCCACGCCUUGUCCUACGUACCAUCACGGACGAUGUAAUACCACGCAUUGUCCAGAAUCAUGUACUCUCUGUGAAGUUGGUACAGCAUGUUUUGAUGGCAAGCAAACAGAGUGUGAUCGUGGCACUUACUCAAAAGGAUAUGAUACUGAGUUCUGUAAGCCAUGUGCUCCAGGUUCAUAUCAGAACCUAACCAGACAAGGAUCCUGCGAAUGUUGUCCUCAAGGUUAUUCCAGCACAGAGGGCAAAUGGGAAUGCGAGCCAUGCAGCUCCUUUGAAUGGUCAGCUGGAGAUUGUGGCACCUGCAAGACUUGUCCAAGUGUUUCUCUGUGCCCGUGUAUGGCUGAAGUUAGUCCAUGCUUCCCAGGAGCAGUGUGUUUUAAUACAGACUCCCCACCAUACUAUGGAUGCAGGGACUGUCCUGCAGGCUAUGAAGGAGAUGGAGAAGUCUGCACAAAUAUUGAUGAGUGUACACUAGCCACACCUUGUUGGGAUUCAUCCACAUGUGUUGAUUUAGAUCCAGGUUACGAGUGUGGGGGUUGUCCUCCUGGUUAUUCUGGUGAGACACCCCAUGGCAUAGGCCUUGACGAUGCAUUGAAUAACAAGCAGGAGUGUAGUGACCUGGACGAGUGUGCAAUAGGCAAUACUAUCUGUGAUCCAUUAGCGGAUUGCGUUAAUACUGCGGGGAGCUAUUAUUGCAGUUAUUGCCCCUCAGGUUACCUUGGCAACGGCUAUAUUGGAUGCACUGAUGGGGAUUAUUGUGCCACAGGCGCCAGUAACUGUCAUUCCAACGCAACAUGUACUUCAACAGGGGCGGGGAAAUUUGUCUGUGAGUGCAAUGAUGGAUAUGCAGGCAAUGGGGUGUUUUGUGGAGUUGAUAGUGACACUGAUGGAUUACCUCUCACCAACCUGCCUUGUACUGAUACAUCAUGCAAGAGAGACAACUGCCCAAAUAUUCCAAACAGUGGUCAAGAGGAUCAUGAUAAUGACCAGAUAGGGGACAUAUGUGAUAUAGAUGAUGACAAUGACAGUAUAUAUGAUGAAAGUGACAAUUGUCCAUAUGUUGCAAAUGUUGCCCAAACUGAUGUGGACUCUGAUGGUGUUGGCGAUGAUUGUGACAACUGUCCCAGUGACCAGAACAGCAAUCAACUUGAUACCGAUGAAGAUGGAAUGGGCGAUGCAUGUGACAAUGAUGAUGAUGGCGAUGGAGUUGUUGAUGGAUCUGAUAAUUGCUCCCUCAUUGCAAACGCUGGUCAAGUGGAUGAAGAUGGUGACGGUGUCGGUGAUGCUUGUGACAACUGCAUUGGCACCUCUAAUGCUGGACAAACAGACACAGAUCAGAAUGGCUAUGGAGAUCUCUGUGAUGUGGUUGGUGCCACAGAUAAAGAUGUUGAUGGAGAUGGCGUGAUUAAUGAAUUUGAUAACUGUGAGACCGUUCCAAACCCAGACCAAGCUGACAAUGACUCAGACAGCGUAGGUGACAUGUGUGAUAAUGACAAAGAUGGUGAUGGUAUAACAGACUCAGAUGACAACUGCCCUCUAUAUAUAAACUCAAACCAAACCGACAGCAAUGGUGAUGGACUUGGGGAUGCAUGUGAGGAUGAUUAUGAUGGCGAUAAGAUUAUCAAUGAAGAAGACAACUGUAUGAAAGUAAAUGAGUACCAGAGCACAAGCUUUGAAAAACAUUUCACUGUGGAUCUAGAUACCAGUCUUGCAGAUGCUGAAGCACCCCAUUGGGUUGUCACAAAUGAGGGUAAAGAAGUUCAACAGAUUGUUGACACUGAAAUGCCUACAAUGCUAAUUGGAUAUGAUCGACUGGGUGCCAUGGAUUACUCGGGGACAAUGUACGUCAACAGUCAAAAUGGUGACAGCUAUAUGGGAUUCGUGUUUGGUUAUCAGAGUAACAGGAAGUUCUACGUGGUCAUGUGGAAACAUGCUAACUUGAAUAAUCCAAGCUACAAGGCUGCUGUUAAAGGCAUUCAGAUCAAGAAAGUGGCCUCGUCAUCUGGACCAUCUUUUGCGCUAUCUAAUGCACUCUGGUUCUCCUACACUACAACUAAUGAGGUGGAGCUAUUGUGGCAUGAUCCUGAGAUGAGGGGAUGGGAACAUGAGACAUCUUACCGCUGGUAUCUAACCCAUAGGCCUUCCAUAGGCCUUAUAAGAGUUGUGAUUAAACAAGAGGAAACAACCUUAACCGAUUCUGGAGAUAUUUACGAUACCACAUAUGCAGGAGGCCGUGUAGGGGUUAUGGUGUAUGCACAGCCUGAUGUUAUCUUCUCCAAGCUUUCUUUCAAGUGUACAGACAGGAUAAACCAAGCAUUAUAUUUUGAUGGUGUUGAUGAUUAUGUGAUCUUAAACAACAUUACCAACUUAGGCAUAUCUGGCAGCUUUACAUUAGAAACAUGGGUCAACUUACCUACUGGCUACCCAGCAACUAGAAUGCCAAUUAUCUGUACACUGACUAGGGAGCUCUGUUUUUACAUAGAAAAUGGGACACUCAAUGCUCAACUAGGAAGCAGUGUUUUAUCAAAUUCAAGCACAACAUCUUACAGUGAAAAUGAGACACGGUUGUACCUCGGAAAAGAUAAUGCAACUUUCUUUAAUGGAAUCAUGGAUGAGAUACGGAUUUGGGGUUUGGCUUUGCUAGAUAGCGAAAUAGAUGAGCAUAUGGAGUUGGCUGGGUUGGAGCGACAAAGACAUAAACGACUUCUGGAGGCCCACUACUCACUUGACAAUGAAGAAGAAGGAUCAACUUUGAUACUUGAUCAGGGCCUGUACAGUCACCAUGGUGUUGUCAAGGGUGGUGCUUUAUUUGUCUCCAGUUCCUUGGAUCAAGGUAGAUUCCAAGUCACUUAUCCAGACGCUCGAAGACGACGAAGGCGGAGCUUGUUCUAUGACCAUUCAGAGCUAUAGAGUCAAUCCUUGACCAUAUGUGACACCAGGAUGAUGAUUGAAACAACAUUACUGUAUCAUAUAUAUCCGGGAGGUUUUAUUAUGUUGUAACACUAAUGUUUAAUUUUUAGAUGGAUUUAUGUAUAUAACAUUGAUACUCAUACUCUAUUAGUCCUUAUGCUCAAGUUUAUAUUAAUUCAACAUUCACCGACUUUGUGUAGUUAGGAAAUUGAGGUUAACGACCUGAUUGAGACACGUCAUUUUAUUGGCGCCUGGAAUUUUGAAAUCCAUCUUUAUUUUUUGCAGCUAUCAUUCUCUCAUUGAAUGGUUUGUAAAUCUUUUUAUGAAUUGCUAAUUAAUUGAAUGAAAUGUAAAUGUUUAAUUGAAUUUAAUUGAUCUAAUGUAAUUUAUUAUUGAUAGAAUUUUUUCACUUUUUUGUCUAAUGAAUUGCUCAUAAAUUUUAUUUUUGUU